AUGCGCUUCCCCCGCCACCUGUCGAUCACGUUCCUCUCCCUCCUCCUCACCCUUUCAUCUCUCUCGGUAUUCGCCAUCCGCCUUCCCACCCCAUCAGACUCCAAUUAUCGAGUACUCAAACAGGCGACCUGCGCCCAGAUCGUCGCCCGUCUCAAUCAUCCCCGCACACCUGCUCAAAGACGGCAGGAAGCCAGUCCUGUGCCUUUCCCUCUAAGUGAAUGCGGCCUCACUUCCACGGGCGGGGUCGCCUUCGCACGAUUCGUCAACCUGGACUAUAAUGCCCCGACGGGCGCAGUGCUGUAUGAGAACAUAGCCAAUCGUGAUCAAUGUACAAAGAAGUGCGAGAUCAUUUCCACUUGCACUGGCGCGACAUACAGUGCGGCAACACUUCAGUGCUUCACCCUUGCUUCCUACAACGAAUACUUCGACGGCGGCUUCGCAGUCACCCGGCGCGGUAUCACGUGCGCUGACCCAGAGGCGGUCAAUGCCUACUUUUGGGCAAUUGGUGGAUUAUGGGUCGUUCUUUUGGCGGCUCCUAAUGCAUAUGCUAUCACGCAUCUACGUGGAGAGCUUGUAGCGGCGCGUGCGACCUUGUCCUACGAUCUCACCUUCCGCCUCCCAGAGCUCUGGGAGCGGGCAGCCAACUUAAUGAGCUGGCCGGCCCGCCCAGUCGAAAGUCACGUGCCGCCUCAACAUCAACAAACCGCCGCCGAGCGCGUCGAAGCAGACACCAUACCUUUGAGCACUCCAACUCACAUCUUGCAGCUCGCAACCGCUGUAAGACCUCCCAAUACAGCUCCCACAUUGGCUGACGGCCGAUCUCUCUGGCAGGCCUUGACAUCCCCCUCAGACGUGAUCGCCGUCCUGUCGGGCCAGGUCGCCUCGCUCUCGACCACAGUCGCGAAUCUCACCGAGACUGUCACUCGGCAAAAUGACCUCAUCCAGUCUCUCUUGAAGAGCUCGGGCCAACUCAGUGGGGGAGGGAAACCUGUCAAUACCCCAGCAAUCCGGAAAGCUAUCCAGGCCAAGUCGGGGUCGCCGUCCACUCCCACCCCAACACCCAACUCCGCCUUGACUCCCUCUUUGGCUCCCCCACAAGCUGCUUCGCCCAGCACCUCCACUCCCGCUAUUCCACCGGUAGCUCCGCAGGCUGCUGGACCCUCCACCUCAAAGGUCGGAUUGGCUCCCCCCGGAGCUGCACCAGUCGCGGUCAAGUCCGCUGUACCCAAGGCCGGCCCUGUGCCAGCUCUGGCUGCUGCACCGUCGGCCAAGUCCACCUCCUCUAGCGCCUCUGGCGCUGGUCAGCAGAUAGCCAUAUCCUCCUCGUCGAAGUCGUCGUCGGCAUCGACCAGUAACCUGGCCGGACCUAGCCACCCCGUUCCCUCUGGCCCGGCCUGUGCUCCCAGUACCUCUCAGCUACUUGCAACGCACCGCCGAAUAGCUCAUCCGUUGAUGGAAGUCACUGAGCUCGCACCCUACCUCUACCGGUUCCCUCCCCUCUCGACUGACCCCGUUGGUCCACCGCCGGCCACUACUCCACCCUCGGCCCCGGCAGAACCAGCUAUGCCCAACGCGCUGUCUACCGCGGCUGUCAGCCAAGCAACAGUCCAACCUGCUCUCGGCUCGAAGCCAAGCAUUACCACACCGCGGCCUGCGGCGUCCCUCCCUGCAGCUCCUCCUGCUGGCCCGCGUCCUGCUGCUCCAGCUCCCGCUAGAGCGCCUUCUGAGGCAUCGCAGGCCGUUCCUCAGUCCGCCCCUACCGCUCGGAACGUCGUCGAUACAGCCCGUCGGCUCACCUCGACUGCCACAACCCUCACCUCCGGACCGUCCAUCCCUUCUACAUCUUCCCAGCCCAUUGCCAGACCGACUUCAACGGGUGCAGCACCCGCUGCCCCAGCCCGGCCCUCUGCAUCGCCCUUCCCAUCGGCUCCCACACAACCACCCAGACCUUCCCAUCAGCCAGCAGCAGUUGCGACCACCAUCAGUGGUCCAUCUCGGGCGGUCCCGAAUCCAGAUUCUGCUCCUCAUCCGGAUGGCGCUGCUGUCGCCCAGCCUGUCGCGGCGGGAAGCGCACCGCCUGCUAUCUCCAAUCUGAACUCGCAGAGCGGGACGUCGGAGCACGGACGAGCGAGCGCCUCCAGUGCGCUCCCCACCGGUUCAUUGGCGUCCUCAUCGACGACAACCCAAUUUCCCGCGCCCCUCACUCUCGCCUCAGCUGCCCUCAUAUCGGAAGCUGGUCCAUCGCAACCAGGCCCCAGCCGACACCGAUCCCCUUCCCCCUCCAUCUCUGCCUCUCCCUCCCCAUUCGACCUUCAAUACCUGGACCCCGCUCUGCAACCCCCAGCCCUCGACCCGGACGCCCCCACCCGCCCCAUCUUCCCGUCGUACGGCAAAGACUGGCUCCCCGGUAUCCUCUCCGCGUGGUAG